ACGGGACGACGCGAGCGCCAUGUUGGUUCUACCGGCCACUCGUUGCUGCUCCGUCGUACUGCACCGACUGCACGUUGGCGCGGUGUGCAAGCUGCGGUAUGCGCUGCGUCUACCACAUCGCUCUGGACCUAGCUUCUUCUGUGACACCAUCCUCGCGCUAAGUGCUUCUACAAGAACCUUGGAGUGAGAAUGCCAGGGUGCUGCGUGCCGCAAUGCACAACCAUCUGGAGACGGGGUGUGAGAAUGUUCCGGUUCCCGACUUGUCCUAACCGACGGAAACGCUGGAUUGCGCAAGUUAAGCGAGACUGCUGGGAGCCGACUGCUUCCUCCCGUGUUUGUGAGGCCCACUUCGAGGACACAAGCUUCGAGCAAAGGAGGCAGGACGGUUUGAAGAAACUAAGGCCAGAUGCUAUCCCGACGCUGUUUUCUUUUCGCCCUCUUCCAAAGCACAGAUUGCCCCCAAAGAAUCGGGAUGCUGUAUCAAACGUACCGCCUCGGCAUCCAGAUCUCUCAAGUGACAGAGUCGCCGGCGUACAACCCAAGACAGCCAGUGCUCAGGUAUCAGAGGUGGCUCCAGUGCCGAAUGUGAUGUUUGCAGCAAGCAGUGCUGUGGAGCCAAACUGUGCCUCCGCAGAUGUAGACACUGUUCAGCUAAGUCUACAUUCUGGUGACACCCCAAGCAACGCCGCUGACAGUUCUGGUAGUGCUAGUUCUGCUUGUGAAUCUUUGGCUGCUAACUCGGUUGAUAUUCCAGCUGACAUGGGCGAUGCUCGUGACUUACGUAUUCAUUGUGCAUCAUUGCCAAUUGCACUUGUGAGCGCACCAGCGUCUGUUCCUACGACAGGAAAAGAUACCAGAAAUUGUCAAAGGACAUAUCAGAAAUUUCUUGUGCCAUCUGUCCCUCUUGAUAACGUUAAAAGUGGCAGUGCUGAUAAGUCCUGCUGCACACGAGAAUCGUUAGCCUCUGCGCAUCAGUAUUUUCACUUCAGUGACACUUAUGUUCAGAAUAGAACACAGAUGUCUUGUCUUGAAGCUUCUCAUAGCUUUGUACCAAGUGGGACACCCUCUCUUGAAAAUGGUACUUCAACACUGCAAAAUCAGCCUGAGUGUGGAGGAGUAGAAGCGCUAUCCCCACACCUCUUCACAACUGGAAAAAGUGCAGCUGUAGGUACGACACUGAUUCAUCGAGAGAACGCGGAACUUCGAAAAAAAAAACGCUGACCUGAUGCGCAAGUACAAGAGCCUACAAGACUGCAUGAGAAAGCAAAAUCACAGCUCAAAAGUGCGAGGAAAAAACUGGCAUCUGCUGAAAAAAAAAUACGCGAAUUAACUACUGCAAGCUUUCUGAACAAUGACCAAGCAGCUGCUCUGGCGAGAAAGACUACGAAAGGAUCAAAAUGGUCUGAAAAGACUAUCAGAGUAGCACUUCAGAUUAAACAUGCAUGUGGCACAACAGGAUAUGAACUACUGAGGUCGUUGUCGUAUCCAUUACCUUCGAACAGGACCCUCAUUAGAAGACUUCAGAACAUCCGCUUUUUGCCAGGCAUUCUUCAUGAGGUACUAUAUGUUUUAAAGCUCAAAAGUGAGACAAUGCAUGACAUAGAAAAGGACUGCGUGUUAUUCAUGGAUGAGAUGGAAAUCAGCCAGGGUUUCGAUCACGACCGCUCUCUAGACUGCCUUUUCGGGGGUACCACGCUGCCACAGUCAAAUGUGCAAGUUGCCAACCAUGCCCUUGUGUUCAUGAUCGGUGGGCUAAACACGAGGUGGAAGCAGGUCAUAGCCUACCACUUCACUGGGCGAUCAGUCGACGGGGCACUCCUGAAAGAUCUUGUGUUUCAUUUAAUUGAGCUCUGCUUUAAUAUCUCGUUGCGAGUGCUUGUGGUAACCAGUGACAUGGGAUCAGCUAAUCGGGCAGUAUGGCGCCUACUGGGAUUCUCCAGCAACAGACAAUCAGAGACCGUGUGUUCUGUACCACACCCGCACCUUGCAGACCAGAUGUUGUUUUUUAUGGCUGACCCAGCGCAUGUUUUGAAAAACAUUCGGGCCCAGCUGCUUCGUUCAGAAACAUUUACACUAGGACAAGAAACCGUUAAGGAGCAAGAGCUUCCUGGAGAAAUUGUCAGCGUUGAUCACAUUAAAGCAGUCCUAGAAUUUGACUCUGACGAUGACCUGAAGGUUGCGAACAAGUUGUCUGACAUCCACAUUGGCAGUGGGCACUUCACUAAGAUGAAGGUGAAUGUCGCCGUUCAAAUGUUUCGCGAAGCCCCUCCUGCUAUCAGAUACCUGGUCAAACAAGGAAAGCUAAAGCCUGAAGCAGAGGCAACAGCUUGGUUCCUUGAAUUAGUGAGCAAAUGGUACACACUCAUGUCAUCACGGCACCCAGUGGUUGCUUUGAGCUAUUUUGAUCCCUCAAAACAUGAAGAUGCAGUUAAAAUCCUUCAACUGGCUUGUACAACUUUCUGCCGUAUCAACAUGGGCAAAACUGCUCACUGGAAACCUUCCCAAGCCGGUCUCUUGAUAUCAACGACAGUUGUGCUGUGCCUGUCCGACGAACUGCUGAAGAAACGUGGCUACCGGUACCUGCUUACAGGUAGACUGAUACAGGACUGUCUUGAAAAUAUUUUCUCUGUUGUAAGACUCAGGAAGCCCAUCCCAAGUGCGUAUGAUGUGAAGUGUGCUCUAAAGAUGAUAUGUGUCAGCCAAUACUUGCACACGCCAACGUCAUCUAGCUAUAACGAGGAUGACAGCUUGCACUUAGCUGACCUCCUGGACCCCAGUAUCAAGGCACAAGUUGCGCAAGAAAGUGGGGAGAACGAGGAAGCAGAAGAGCUUGAAAACGUUCUUCUGUAUGCAACCACUGCAGUAGAACGUGACAUUCUUGCAUAUGUAGGAGGUUUUCUACUGAAGUCCAUCUUGAAAUUCAUUGACGAGUGCAAGGACUGCAAAGCGGCACUGGUAGGAAAUGACGAUAAAUACAGCACUCUCGUUAAGCUUAAAGAAUACGCUCAGGGCGCUGGAAAGCUCAUUCAGCCUAGCCGAGCUGUCAUGGAAGUGCUCACUGAAUGCGAAGAACACUUCAAGGCCUUUGCCGACGAAGACGGAAUUUUGGCGCUAAAAACCCCAUUCGCGAGCAUUUUGAGUGCAUUGCGCAGAUCAGUAACUGUGCGACUGGAGAGCUGCGAAAUCCAUCGUGCACAGGUAGAAAAGUCGCUGCUGGAAAAGUAUGUUAGGACAAGGCUAAAGAUUCAUCUUCGGCAAAAACAGGCACAAAGGGUGAAUGGUCAGUCAAGUAAGACGUGUGCUGCAGUGAACCUUGAGUAGCAGCUUUUUAAAAGGCUCCAAUCCAAUUUAAAAAUUACUGCUUAUGAAAAGAACGCAUUUCUGUGAGCAUACUGUGUUGAAUCUGUCUGUUACUGUGCAAAUGAACAUUCGUGUAGCUGACUUCAUUUGUUCUUUUUGAUGAGCUGUCCUUGUGCAGGAAAUGUGCACGCACCAAUUGUUAUAUGUUUUAUGUGUAAUCAACCUUGGAUUUUCGAUGUAAAUAAAUAUUCACUGAAACAAGCAACUUACCUUACGUAUCAUAACGUGAAGGCAUAUGUCGAAUUCGCUAAAAAGGGGGGAAAGUUGAAACCACAAUAUGACAUUUUACAAAUUUUGUGUGCCUCUUUUUAUGUAAUGUUUUGCUUUGCUCUGAUCUGUCUUCGUGCACAUUGCUGCUUGUUUCAAUCGCUAAAGUUGUUGUUAUGUUGUUAUCAUUACUAUUAAAACGUUCCUUGUUG